AUGAGUCAGCUAUUACCCCUCGAACUUGUCGAUAAAUGUGUUGGUUCGCGCAUUCACCUUAUCAUGCGGAAUGAUAAAGAAAUCCUGGGAACACUUCAUGGUUUUGACAGCUACGUAAAUAUGGUGUUAUCAGACGUUACAGAAUAUGAAUUUACAGCUCAAGGUAAAAAAAUAUCCAAGCUCUCCGCAAUCCUACUCAAUGGAAGCAAUAUAACCAUGAUGGUCCCUGGAGGAGAAGGACCUGAUGUACAAUAG